AAGACUCCUGACGAAAUAUGACAACCUCUUUGAGGUCUCCUUCCCCUAUUCAAUGGGAUGGCACGGGGCCCCGACAGGAAGUCAUCUAAAGGAAGACAUGAGCCACUGGCAGCUUCAUGCUCACUACUAUCCUCCUCUACUGCGAUCCGCAACCAUCCGCAAGUUCAUGGUUGGAUAUGAGAUGCUAGCGAAUGAACAGAGGGAUCUUACACCUGAACAGGCUGCAGAGCAGUUAAGGAAGCUCGGAGAGGAACAUUAUAAGAUGAAAAAAACUGAAGGUGAUGGAGGGAUGGAGAACUAAAUGUGUGUGACCGGUCGGUGCACCUUCUGUGUCCAACGGCCAGAUAAUGAGAACAUAAAACUGUGAGAAACAGAUGGAGCUGUAAGACGACUCAUCUGUUUUAGUGCAAACAGUUUAAAAUUUGAACUAACUUCCUUUUGAUUUUUGUUUUUUUUCAUUCAAGUUAGAAGAUAAAAUUGACCCCAACGUUUCUGUUAAGGGCCCUAAAGGCCAAACUUUGUGAGCUAGUAAUUGCUUAGUUGAGUCAAAAUGAUUUUUCAGAAAAGUUUUAAAUGACAAGUUUUAAUCUUUGCUUGUGUGCUCUAAAAAAAUGUUGAAUAAAGUUCUUCCUUUUUGGCCAAAUUAAUUUGGCAAAGGAACCA